GUGUCCUGUCGACUAUUUAUUAGGGGCAAUUUCGUCAAUAAAAAUAUCGACACUGCCACGAGGAGGGCGGGAGAGAGAGACGCCUUCGAGAGAUCGAAGGGCGAAAGCCGCUCCGGGGGGGAUCACCUCUUUCGCUCUAAUGGCAGCGGUGAAAGCCGCAAGGGAGAGAGCAUGAGCUGACAUGUCCGUGAGACCGCCACGCUUCGUAGGGAGAAAAAGGAGGGUGGGUUUUGUCGCCACCCGCCUUCCGCUCCCGGCCACUUCCAGCUCGGCUUCCCCAGAUCUUUUGGCGUUUUCGCCGUCCAAUUCACCCGUGAUGGAGAGAGAACCCGAGGAGGUAGAGGAAGGCUUCUCUAUUGCCCUAGGUUGGCGUUUUUGGAUCUGGAUUGGAGGACGCAAUGAUGGUCGAAGGGAUUUGGGACUGUAAAGUUGCGAGUUUUGGAGUUCAUGUGGAGAAAAAGAGUGAACUUUGUUUCAUUUUGAUCCAACUGGAGCUGAUUUAAUUCUUCGAGUGGCACCGAUUCUCCGUUUUACUGAGGCACUCAAAAGUUGCGAUUUUGAUUCGUUCAUCCUCGGUUUCUCCUACACACACUUUUGAGGUAUACUGAACGAAGUUCUCUUGCAGUAUUUUGGUGCAGAAAGCAGGGAUAUUGUUGAGAAAGAUUAUUGUGCUUCAGCUGCUAGUUUUGUUCUGGGCAAUGUCUCCAGGAAGCUACAUUGCUUGUCUGCUCACUCUAUUCGUGGUUUUGGUCCUUGUACCCAACACAAAUGAGCUGCAAUCAUCAGAAGCUUGGUCCCUGCUGAGAAUCCAGCGACUUCUAAACUAUCCAUCUGUCUUGAGCAACUGGAGCACCAACACAGACUUCUGUAAUGCCGAUCCAAAUCCAUAUCUGACAGUCGUUUGUUAUGAAGACAGCAUAACCCAAUUGCAUAUAAGCGGUAGUGAGAACUCUCCGCCUCUUCCGAGGAGUUUCUCGAUCGAUUCCUUCUUCACUACCCUCACUCGGCUCCCAAACUUGAAGGUCCUUUCUUUGACAUCACUAGGCCUUUGGGGUCCCCUGCCAGCAAAGAUUUCUCGUUUGUCUUCUUUAGAGAUCGUCAAUAUGAGCUCAAAUUACUUAUAUGGGGCAAUUAUUCAGCAAGUUUUUAGUUUGGAUAACCUCCAAACUCUUAUACUUGAUCAUAACAUGUUUAGUGGCCGUGUUCCUGAUGCUAUAAGCAAACUUCAUCUGUUGGCUGUGUUGAGUUUAAGGAACAAUACCUUCAGUGGGCCUUUGCCAAAAUCGUUUAGUGUUCUGGAGUCACUUCGAGUCCUUGUGCUGUCAUCAAAUAGUUUGUCUGGAGAUCUGCCUGAUCUUAGCCGUUUGACUAACCUCCAAGUUCUUAAUCUAGAGAACAACUAUCUUGGACCUAAUUUUCCACGUUUGGGAAGGAAGGUGGCAUCAAUCAUGUUGAGCAAAAAUAUGUUUGGUGGUGGGUUUCCAGCUAAUCUUAGCUCAUAUUAUUUGCUUGAACAGUUGGAUGUCUCUUUCAAUAGAUUCGUCGGGCCGUUUCUGCCGUCAUUGUUGUCUCUCCCUUCUAUUCGAUACCUAAAUAUUGCUGGAAACAGAUUCACUGGAAUGCUUUUCCGAAACAUGACAUGCAAUGAUGAUCUCAUGUUUGUGGACUUGUCUUCAAAUCUUCUGUCUGGGAAAUUGCCGACAUGCCUGACUUCAGAUUCUAAGAACAAGGUGUUUCUGUACUCCUCAAAUUGCUUGAGAAUCAAAGAUCAUAGUCAGCACCCAUCCUCAUUUUGCCAGACUCAGGCUUUAGCUGCGGGAAUACUGCCUCAUAAAGAAAUGAGAGUAUCAGGUGGAAGAACAGCUAUGGCGGUAGGUGCAGCCGGAGGAAUUGUUGUAAGUGUUUCCUUGGUCGGUCUUGCAGUAUUUUCUGUGCUUAGAAGAAUAAAUAUCAAGAGGGCAAUGAAGAAACCUCCAAGAAGAAUAGUAGAGCAUGCUUCAAAUGGCUAUCCUCCCAAGUUGCUGGCUGAUGCAAGGUACAUAUAUCAGACAAUGAAGCUGGGAGCACUUGGCAUACCAUCUUAUAGAUCAUUUUCGUUGGAGGAGCUUGAAGCUGCUACAAACAACUUUGAAACAUCAAGUUUAAUGGGAAAAGGUUCUCAUGGUCAGUUAUACAAAGGAAAACUCAAAGAUGGUUCCCUUUUGGCAAUAAGAUGCCUAAAGCUGAAAAAGAGCCAGAAUUCCCAGAACUUCAAUCGCCACAUUGAACUAAUUUCCAAGCUUAGGUAUCAUCAUUUAGUGAGUGCCCUUGGUCACUGCUUUGAGUAUCACCCUGAUGAUUCCAGUGUCAGCAGAUUAUUUCUCAUUUUUGAAUAUGUGUCAAAUGGAACAUUGAGAAGCAAUAUAUCAGUGGAAGGACAUAAGUUAACAUGGAUGCAGAGGAUAUCUACUGCCAUUGGCGUAGCAAAGGGUAUCCAGUUUUUGCAUGGGGGUAUUAUACCCGGCUUAUUUGCAAAUGAUCUGAAAAUUACAAACAUACUUUUAGAUCAGAACCUUAUUGCAAAAAUUAGCAGCUAUAAUCUUCCAGUUCUAGCAGAGAAUACGAAAGCCACGGUACUGGCUGGAAGUUCUUCAAGUGGAUCAAAUGAGCUCGGCGAAAGAACUAAGCAUUUGGAAACGAUUGACAUCUAUGAUUUUGGUGUCAUCUUGCUCGAGAUUGUAUCUGGAAGACCAAUCAUAUCAACAAAUGAACUGGACAUAAUGAAAGAUGAGUUACAAGAAAACAUUGUAGCUGAUGGAACUGCUAGGAGAAGCAUUGUGGAUCCCGUCAUAAGCAGGCAAUGCUGUGAUGAAUCACUGAAGGUUGUCAUGGAGAUCUGCUUACGAUGCCUUUCAUUGGAACCAACACAGAGACCUUCAGUUGAGGAUGUGCUUUGGAACUUACAAUUUGCUGCUCAAGUCCAAGAAUCUUGGAGGGGAGACUCUCAAAGUAGUGAGGAAUCAUCACAUUCACCUUCCCAGCCGCCUCAAUCACCAAUCAGACUGAAUUAGGAACACGAAAUAUAACAUGAUAGUUGAUCGGCUUCUCAUUCCCAAGCAGCUAGGAUCAAGGAUUGAAGCCUGUAAAUGUGUAGGCCUUGACAAAACUGACGAGUGUUAUGAAGAUACCUAUCCAUCAAUCACCAUUAGAUGGGGUCUUCAAUAUUUUUACUGUCUCAACCUGAAGUUCCAAUCUAACUUCACCAGAGAAAGAAAUCCUGCAAGAUGAAUAUCAGAUUUCAUGUCUAUCCUCAAUUUGUAUUUACGCUAGGAAUAUUCUUCUUCCUUUUCGACAUGGCCCCAUGUUAUUAUAAAUUCAAACAUGGGCAAUGACUAAGAACAUCCAUGAUGUCUUACAUGACUUUGCAUUGGCAAGAGCUGUGUGCAUUGGGUUGUCUUCUUAUGAUAUCUUCUUCCUA